AUGCGCGCUCCUACCAUCCUGUGCUGGUAUACUUCAACAUUCCUCUCCUUUCACCUCACAUCAGCCGCGCCCGGAGGAAAAGGAAGAGGAAGAGGAGGAGAAGGAGUUGCAGUCGCCAUCGAUUUCGGUGCUGUAACAGAAAAAUUUCCUCUCCCCGACGCGUCGCAGCAGCAGCAACAACAACAAGUAGUAGUAGCAGCAACAACACUCCAAAGAGAACAGAAGAUUUCGAAAUCUCAACGACCGGAACCUGUGAGAUUGUGGAUUGAUGAUUUUGGAAAUAUUGAAGCUGUUCCUAUUGUUUCGAAGGAUGGGUUGGAUGAUGAUGACUCCUCUUCCUCCUCCUUAUCAUCAUCUUCUUCUUCCACAGACGAUAUCAAACCACCACCCUCCCAACCCCCCAACCCCCAGAAGAAAAAUCAUCAUCUCGCACCUCCUGCUCCUGCUCCUGCUCCGCGACAGCAGCGCCAGCUACAAGACAGAACCACCUCAGGAGCGAUAAUAAACUGGAAAUGGCCAUCUACUUUUACAGGAGUUACCGGAAUAUUAUAUUUUGUAUUCGGAGGUAUACUUUUAUUAGGAGGGCUAAUUACGCUUGCACUGAGUCUUUCGACUAGGAGGAGAAAUAUUCGGAUUUUGGGAAUGGGGCAUCGGAGAGGAAGAUCGAGGUUUUCGCUUUGAAAUGGGAUUGGGGAAGUUUUUUUUCUUUUUCUUUUGGGGGGGAUGGGGGAAGGGGAGGGGAGGAAAGGGUGAUGUUUGCAUUAUGGGCAGUACGAGCACACGGCGAGUGUCUCCCUUUCUCCAGGAGGACAGCAAUCCUACUUAUGCCGUCUAUAUGGGCAAGAUUUCUUUCUUCCUACGAUCGGAGUAACGCCAAAAAAAAUCAUCAAAAGACUUCUGGGACUAGCCGCCAAAGAGCCUUUGCAACGAAGUGACUAGACAUCUCUCCUUAGAAGGCUCCCCGAUAUCAGCAAGACAAAAAACAAGUAAUCUGACAACCGGUUUUAACUGCAUUGCAGUCAGAGACAAACGAACGAACGAACGAUACCCCUUUUUCCCGCCUGGAUAUCUUCGAGACGGAUACUUCCUCCUCCUCCACAAGCAAG